UCGUGACUCAGUCUCGCUGGGUCGUACGCUCGCUAGACGACCGAAAUCCUUGACAGUGACAGCGCGAUCAUAUCCCAAGUGGAGAGAAGACUGCCACCUCCCAGACGUCCAGCGAACCUGUGCCGAGAAAUCCCUCCACAGCAGUCGUUAACCUAACUGGCAGGAAACAAAUCCGCUCCUCAGAAAUAAAUCUCCUUACGUGUAGUCCAAGGAGAGGCGACUCGCAGGGACAGAAGCGUCGCUGAAUCCCGGAGGACAAUUGCAGGCGUGUGCCCCCCUCCCCGACCGUGUAUUAACUCGGGAGGAUUUACAGCGAUGCAAUAAACGUUUCUCCUUUCUUCGAGCGGCUAACAGAUUCCAGAAGGUUCGGUGCUUUCGUCUCGAGAAGUGGGGGAAUCCUCAAGGACAAUCUCCGCGGGGUGUGAGGGAGUCGGCGAGAUCCUUUCCAGGUGUAGGGUGUUCGGUGGGGCGUCCCCGGGAGAGUAGGGAUCGCCGGCCACAACGCGCCCUUUGUCAGUCACCCGCAGCGCAAGACUGUGUCUCUCUCCCGAGGACAUGCUGUAUAUCAGUCACCCAUAGUAGCUUAUUUUUGGUCACGGGUUGGCCUUUGCUCCGGGUUAUUACGUCGUAGUGUUCGCUCUCGGAGAGUCAGGAACGCCAGGUCGAGCCUUUUAAUGCUAAACCUAAACGUUCGGAAAAAGACAAUAGCGAACUGAUAUUGUGGAGAUAUUUACAAAUAAGGAUUGACCAUUCCUCACACGCACGCAGUUGCCAAGAGGGAAUAUCCGCGCCACGGACGCCAGCCAACAAAGAGCGCCCAAAGUGACCGUGGGAACCGCGGCCGCAACGAGAGACAUGCUCGUCGCCGCCCCGCCGUCGCCUCAUUAACGCCGCCUACCUGUCCAAGAUGAUGGCCUUCUCCUCGCCCCAGUUGCCCGCCUCGACUAUGGCGUCUUCGUUCGCCGUCAACGCCACCGCGGAAAUCUCGGCGGCUGCGGCAAUCGCGGCGACGGCGAGAGCGACCGGGGACUUGCUCUUCAACACUACCUUGGCGCCGAAUGAUUAUGGGAACUUCACCGGACAAGAGGGCCAAGAGGGAAUGGUAUUCAAGUGCAAUAUGAACAUUCUGAAGGCCAACUUUACCGAGUUCGAUUAUGAAGGGCGAGUGGAGAUGUUCAUCCCCAUUACCUGGAGGGAAGUGCUGAAGAUCGUAGCUUACGUCAUCGUUUUCCUGGUCUCACUCACGGGCAACAUGCUAGUGAUAUUAGUGGUUUUCUGCAACUCCCACAUGAGAACCUCCACCAAUCAGUACCUAGUGAACCUGGCCUUUGCGGAUCUACUUGUGACCAUGGGUUCAAUGUGGGUUCACCUGAUGCGUCAUCUGUCCUUUCCGAAUUUCACUCUUCCUAGCAUCACUUGUAAACUCGAAGGGUUCAUCCAGGCCACCGCCCUCCUCGGCAGCGUGUUCACUCUCACCGUGAUCAGUGUGGGCAGGUUUGUCGCCGUCAUGUUCCCCUUCCUCGCCCGCACCUCCCCCGACCGCGCACUCAAGGUCAUCGCGGGCGUGUGGGUUGUCUCCGCCUCGAUCGCCAGCCCAAUACUAGUGUACCGGAAUACAUACAAUAUACAGUGGAAGAACUUUACCACUUGGCACUGUGACGAAUUCUGGCCCAACCACGGUACUCAAGACGCCAAUGGACAGUGUGUCAUCAAGUUCACCAGCAAGAUGAUCUAUUAUACAGUCCUCAACACGGCUUUCUUCUUCGUUCCCAUCGCCAUAAUGCUCGUGAACUACAGCAUGGUCGUCUGGAGGCUGUGGAUGACGCAACUUCCGGGCGAGACCUACGACCCGGCCAUCAGCGCCUCCACCAGGGCCAAGAAGAGGGUGGUCAAGAUGAUAUCGGUGGUACUCCUGGUAUUUGCUCUGUGCUGGUCGCCCUUACAGUCACUAAUGCUCUACAGCAACUUCGCCCACUCGCAAAAUGAAAAUGGAUCGCUUCCGGAAUGGUUCCCCGAGGCAGAGUUUGUGUCUUAUUUCGUAGCCUACUCCAACUCCGCUCUCAAUCCCAUCAUUUACUGCGGCUUCAAUGCUAACUUCCGGCAAGGGCUCAUGACUCUCCUGACAUGCCGCCAGUCAUCUUUCACGCGCAUGUACCACUACCGGCCAGGCACCUGGAGGGGACUGACUGCCCGCACUCAGGAGACCACGGUUGGAAACUCUGGAAACGAACAUGCUGUCGUUGUGGACCUCAACUCUACCGGGCGCAAAAGGAUUUCUCAUCGCGGUCCCCAGCAACCUGGAGGAAUUUCCAUCACGAGUUCCUGCACUGAAUUACGUCAGAACAACAUUGGUGACUUGACCGCCGAGAGCUGCAGGAGGUGCAACCACAACGAAGGCAGCGAGUCAAACCUCGAGACCCACCUUGGCCACAGCUGCGCUCCUCCGGCCACCAUUUACAACAACCACGCCCUCCACCACGAGCUCCACCACAGCCACAGCCGCCUCCACCAGUCGGGAGAACACCUCCACCAGGGUCAGAAUGGACGACGCUUGCCUCUGGUUCCCUCGUGUGACUCCAGCCAUGACGGGGAAGGGGUCGGCUGCGGGUGCUGCCGACGCCACAAGGCCAAGGUGCCCUCCGUUUUCCACCAGGACGUCGAGUAAAGGGCCCUCCGUUUUCCACCAGGACGUCGAGUAAGGGGCCCUCCGUUUUCCACCAAGACGUCGUGUAUGGGGCCCUCCGUUUUCCACCAGGUCGUCGAGUAAGGUGCCCUCCGUUUUUCACCAGGACGUCGAGUAAGGGGCCCUCCGUUUUCCACCAGGACGUCGUGUAUGGGGCCCUCCGUUUUCCACCAGGACGUCGAGUAAGGGGCCCUCCGUUUUCCACCAGGACGUCGUGUAUGGGGCCCUCCGUUUUCCACCAGGACGUCGAGUAAGGGGCCCUCCGUUUUCCACCAAGUCGUCGAGUAAGGGGCCCUCCGUUUUCCACCAGGACGUCGAGUAAGGGGCCCUCCGUUUUCCACCAAGACGUCGAUGAAAGGGCCCCCACGUCCUCUCACUCCUUCGUUUCGUCAGGCAGGGUGAGAGAGCGACGCUGGCAUUUGCUCUCCUCUUGGUGGACCGGGACGUGAAACCUGUUUUACUUUCUCUUUCCUUCUCUUCUUUUCUUCUCCUUUUUCGAUUAGGUCGUAGACUAUCGACGGUUACAAGCACACACUGGUAUGUCACUUAUUCGCAUAUGGAAAUAUAAGUGAUUGUAGUGUGAUGCAGAUAUUAUUUUUCUUUGGUGUUUAACAGUUAGUGCUAUUGAAAAGCUUAUCUAAAUCAUAAUCUGCAAUAUAUCUACAAAGGACUGAUGAUUAAAACGGUCGUCAUUUAAAACAGUUUACCCAGGAUGUGAUCUUAUGUAUAAGCAUACGAUUUUAUGUAAAUGCAUAGACACACACAC